AUGAAUCUAUCAGUAAAUGGGCAAUCUCAAGUGCCUCCAGGAUUCCGUUUCCAUCCAACGGAAGAAGAACUUCUACACUAUUACUUGAGGAAAAAGUGCUCGUUANCUGCUGCGGGGUUCUGGAAAGCCACAGGUCGUGAUAAAGUCAUACACAGCAAUUGUAAGAGAAUUGGGAUGAGAAAAACCUUAGUCUUCUAUAAAGGACGUGCCCCUCAUGGCCAAAAAUCAGAUUGGAUCAUGCAUGAAUAUCGCCUCGAUGACAACACCAAUCCCCAAGAGGCCGUCAACGCCUCUGAAUCAAGUAGCCCGGAAGAAGGGUGGGUGGUGUGUCGAGUUUUCAAGAAGAAGAAUUACCAUAAGGCACUUGAGAGUCCUCAUCAGAGUUCAUCAGCUGUUUCUAUUAUGAACUCAAGAACACUUAUUCAGAAACCAAACAACGACGGCGUUCUAGAUCAAAUACUCAUGUACAUGGGAAGAUCGUCAUGUAAACAACAAGAUCAUGAAAACAAACACAACAUCAACUUGGUCAACAACAUCAAUAACAUACACUUAGAUGAUCAUCACAUGCAAAUAAACAGCAAUUCCUUCAUCAACAGCAGCGGUAGUAGAUUCCUACACCUUCCAGGGUUAGAGAAUCAUCAUUCUCCGACGACCAACAUGGAUGAUGACGUGUCAUCUCUGCAACUAAUCCAACAAGAUUGCAGCUUUGGUCAUGAGAAUAUGUUAACAGAAACUGAACCUUCUUCUGGUGCUGGUCCAAGUGAUUGGGUAGCUCUGGAUCGACUGGUGGCUUCUCAACUGAAUGGCCAUGUGGAAACAUCAAACAACUUAUAUUUUCCUCUGCAUAAUAAUGGGUUACAGCUGCGUACCAAUGGGAGACCAAAUGAUGAGGACGACGCGUUCUCUCAAUCUCAAGCUGCACAUGACGAUGAUGUUGAAUUUUGGAGCUAUGCUCGAUCUUCCUCAUCAUCACCCUCUGAUCCAUUAUGCCACUUGUCGGUUUAAUUCUAAGUAUAUACAUAGACUUUUCUAGUACCAAAAUAGGCCACUCUCCAUCGUAUAUUUUGUAGAGCAGCACGUACCUAUAUAUACUAUAGUUUAAAAGACGUCAUUAUAGUACGUUAGCUUGAUUGAUACAAUAACAGUACACGUACUUGGAUAAUAUUUCUGACGGGAGACAUUGUCAACUGGAAUAUCUUUUCCUAAUAAUUAAGGUUGUCUCCCUAUUUCAUCA